UUAAUAAUUCUUUUUUUUUUCUUUUGGAUACUUUGGGGACCGCAAACUUUUGAUCGAUAUAUAAACUAGAUCUUUGACCGAGUUUUGUAUCAGUCUCGUUUGGUUUACAAUUUGUGGUCAGACAAGCCGGUUAAAUUUAUUUAGAAGAUGAAUGCCUUCAGCGUUACAAUUUUCGCCGUUCUAGCAAUUAGUGGCAUCCUUGCCUUCCCCGACGGUCACCACGGAGACGAACAACAUUUUGUUCCGGGGUACCACUUUGAAUAUGGCGUCCACGAUCCCCAUACCCACGACGAAAAAUCUCAACACGAACAUCGCGAUCACGACCAGGUAAAGGGAGGUUACACCCUUCACGAACCCGAUGGUACCAAGAGGAUCGUAGAGUACACCUCGAAUAAACACGAUGGGUUCCAGGCGGUGGUACAUCGCGAAGGACAUGCCCAACAUCCUGCCCAUUAUGGUAAACAUGGACACGCUGGUGGUGUCGGUGGUACCAGCUACGUUAAGACCACUCAUUGGGGACAUGGCUCUGGCAAAUAAGAUGAAUAUACAUAUUUAGAAUACCAAAGAUGUUUGUUGAAUAUUAAUAAAAAAUAUAUGAGU